CCUACUUUCCUUUCCCCUCCUCUCCUCUCCUCUCUCGCCAUGCCGGAUCCAUCCGUCUGUCUCGCCCACAGUUGCAGCGCAUUUGUGUCCCGGGAUGACCUGUUGAUGUCGGCUAAAGAUGGAGUGCCAGGAUCGCCCUCCGCUGUAGACCCCCCGCUUCUCCUUUAAAAAAUACCUUAAGAAUCUUAGUUCCUCAGAGUGAAGAUAGCCCCGCGUGGUUCCCGAGUCCGCUUUUUGGUGGAGAUGCAAUAAAGCAUUUAUUCGCUGUGAUAUAGCAUAAGCGACAUUUUGGAGGGGGAACAACGCGUGUCUGUCCCAUGUCGGUAGCUGCCAUUCGGCCGGAGGAGGAGGAGGGAACUCGGUCUUAACGGACAUCACACCGCGCUGGCACGGAGCGGAGGGGAGACGGGAACUGCUGAAUAUUUUAACCCCCCCCCCCCCCGACUAUUUUUGUGCCACAUUUCAUACCCCUGGUCCCCCAGACGAUAAACGUGUGUGUUGAGGGCAGUUAAAAACCAUCAUUGACAUUCAAAAAUAAAAAAGAGGAGCUCUCUCGUUCUCCUUUUUUUUGUCCAUUUUCCGCUGCCGCCCCCUCCCUCGCUCCCUCCCUCCGCUGAAUGCACGCACACACCGGCCCGGGCCAGUUGAGGACUCCCAAAUCCUACCGGGCAUCGAGGCUGGCACACGGCGGGGCACCGAGAGCUCUCUGCCCGCUCUGACUGCCCUGCUGCACCGCUGGUGGCGGCGGGCUGUUUCUCUCCGAGGCGUCCGCCAGCGAGACUCUGCGAGACUUUCAUACCCUGUGGUGCUGGGCAGAGCGUUAUGGCUCAGACGCUGCAGAUGGCGAUCCCUAACUUUGGCAACAAUGUCCUGGAGUGUCUGAACGAGCAGCGGCUGCAGGGCCUCUACUGUGACGUCUCCGUGGUCGUCAAGGGACAUGCCUUCAAGGCCCACCGUGCAGUGCUGGCAGCCAGCAGCUCCUACUUCCGGGACCUGUUCAAUGCUGGGGGGAAGAGCUCGGUGGUGGAGCUACCCCCGGCCGUGCAGCCGCAGAGCUUCCAGCAGAUCCUGGCCUUCUGCUACACGGGGCGCCUCAGCAUGAAUGUGGGAGACCAGUUUCUGCUCAUGUACACCGCCGGCUUCCUCCAGAUCCAACAGAUCAUGGAGAAAGGCACUGAGUUUUUCCUCAAGGUCUCCUCUCCAAGCUGUGACUCCCAGGGUCUCCACACCGAGGAGACCCCAUCCUCUGAGCCUCAGAGCCCUGUCACUCAAACAGUGGGAGUGGGCGGAGUUGGCAUCGGUGCUGCCACUGUAGGGAGGCCCGCCUCCUGCCUGACACCCCUUCCCCUCGUGUCCAAGGUGAAGACUGAACAUAUAGCCACAACACCUCAGCCAGCCCCACAACCACAGCAGCCGGAGGGCUCUCCCUACUCUGUGGUCUGCACCCCUGUGGCCAAGCGGCUAUGGGAGGGGGGUAACCGUGAUGGGGGAGGGGGGUCAGGAGGGGGCGGGGGCGGCGGGAUGAGGAAGGCCGCACGCUACUCUUCCUCCUCCUCUUCCUCGUCCUCUUCUAAUACAAUAACCCAGGACGCCUCUGGCCGCGGACCUGCCGCUAACGCCUCUCUGGUGGGCAGUGGAGGCAGCGCUUUAGUGGGAGGAGCUGUGCUUAACAGUAACCACAAUAAUAACAACAACAACGGCGGCACCCCAGAGGGUACGAGCCCGGGCACCCUGAGCCUGUACACCAGCGACUCGCCCAUCAGUUACCACGACGAUGAGGAGGAGGAUGAUAUAGCAGAUGAGACUGAAGAGCAGUACAGACAGAUCUGCAACAUGUACACCAUGUACAGCAUGCUGAACGCCGGAGCAGCAGUUGUCGGGGAGCGGGUGGAGGCCCUGCCAGACUUAGCCCCAGACUCAGGGGGCGGGCGGGGGGGCAGAGGGGGGCGGUCCCGGCAGGAACUGGCAUCGCUGCCCGCCGAGCUCAUCAGCCAGAUCGGAAACCGCUGCCACCCAAAGCUGUACGAGGAAGGAGACCCGGCUGAGAAGCUGGAAUUGGUGAGCGGCACCUCUGUGUUCAUCUCCCGCGCCCAGCUCAUGAACUGCCACGUCAGCGCCGGCACCCGCCACAAAGUGCUGCUCAGACGCCUUCUGGCGGCGUUCUUCGACAGGAGCACUCUGGCUAACAGCUGUGGAACCGGCAUCCGCUCCUCAACCAACGAUCCCAGUCGUAAACCUCUGGACAACAGAGUGCUGCACGCUGUCAAAUUCUACUGCCAGAAUUUCGCACCGAGCUUCAAGGAGAGCGAAAUGAACGCCAUCGCUGCCGACAUGUGCACCAACGCCCGCCGCGUUGUCCGCAAGAGCUGGAUCCCCAAACUGAAACUGCUGAUGGCCGACAGCGACGCCUACUCCGCGUUCCUGGCCGACAGCGUGAAGAUGGAGGCCGACGCGUUGGGGACGGAGCAAGGUUUCGACCCCGCCUCACUGGAAGCCGUGGCUGCAGCGGCAGCAGCCAACAACAGCGAAGCGGGAAGCGGAGCCACACCGGCAGACGGCCUGCAGGGGGCAGGGGGAGAUAGCAGCACUUUGUUUUGAGUGAGUGAACGGACAGACAGAUAGAAUGGACAGAUUGAUGGAAGGAGGGGUGGAAUAUCUCUGGGGUGAUGAGAACAGAACGAUGGCCACUCUGGUCUUGAUGACAGUAAUCACUCCUCCCCUAGCCCGCUAUAUGUUUGGGGAUCUGUUUCUUCAGUUUGUUCUGCUUGCCUUCCUUUGUUUGUCCACGUUUCUGUCUGUCUCCACAGCUCAGAAUGAAUCUCUGCAGUUUGUUCUUGAAUGCUCUUGUGGAGAGAGAUGGAAAACCAUGGUGAAAGGUAGCAGAAGGAGGUUCGCUCCCCCCCAGUUCCUCAUCCUUCUGCAACCUUUAGAAACCUGAUUGUUUCAGCCUUUAUUUUUUAUGUUUUUUAAGAGUGUGUACUGUCACUAAAAACCUUUUCUUACCAUAAUCGAUC